UCCAGCAGAGAACACAAGCCCUCAGCACGCUGAGCUGUUUGUCACGUACCUUUGACCACCUCACCCACUGAUCUCUGCCCGUGCACGGCUAUUCCUGGAGCUCCCAGCCAUCACCAGCACUCUCUGUCUCCGGCGGCGGUUCCUCUUCUCAUUGCCAAUGGGAAUUUUUUUUGCUGUCUUGAACAAAUGAACCACUUCUCCUGACAUUUGGGGUUGCUUCUGUACAAGGCUGUUGAGGCAGAGUGGUUGGCAGCCCUGCAGAGUGCAGACGAUGAUCCUGCCCUACAGCACUGAGAAGAGAGAGGUCUGCAGCUUUGUAUGCACUGCGCUGUGCCUGCUUCCAGGGCAUGUUGUAGCUGUGUCCUCUAUGCAGAGAUGCAGAAAGAUGGGCUUUCUGGCAGAGACCAGCCAGUAGAGCUGUUGAAUCCACCUAGAGUGAACCACAUGCCCAGCUCUGUUGACGUGAGCACAGCACUGCCCUUGCAAGUUGCCCCAACCUCAGUCCCGAUGGAUCUGCGCCUGGACCACCAGUUCCCCAUGCCUGUGACAGAGCCGACGCUCCGUGAGCAGCAGCUGCAGCAGGAGCUCCUGGCGCUGAAGCAGAAGCAGCAGAUCCAGAGGCAGAUCCUCAUUGCCGAGUUCCAGCGGCAGCACGAGCAGCUCUCCAGGCAGCACGAGGCCCAGCUGCACGAGCACAUCAAGCAGCAGCAGGAGAUGCUGGCAAUGAAGCAUCAGCAGGAGCUCCUGGAGCACCAGAGGAAGCUGGAGCAGCACCGGCAGGAGCAGGAGCUGGAAAAGCAGCACCGGGAGCAGAAACUUCAACAGCUGAAAAACAAAGAGAAAGGAAAGGAGAGUGCAGUGGCAAGCACAGAAGUAAAGAUGAAAUUACAAGAAUUUGUUUUAAAUAAGAAGAAAGCUUUGGCACACCGGAAUCUCAACCACUGCAUUUCCAGUGACCCUCGCUUCUGGUAUGGGAAGACACAGCACAGCUCCCUGGACCAGAGCUCCCCACCUCAAAGUGGCGUAUCCGGCACCUACAAUCACCCUGUCCUGGGGAUGUACGAUUCCAAAGAUGACUUCCCACUCAGAAAAACAGCCUCUGAACCCAACCUGAAAUUACGAUCCAGGCUAAAGCAAAAAGUCGCUGAACGACGGAGCAGCCCCCUGUUGCGCAGGAAGGACGGGCCGGUGGUCACUGCUCUGAAGAAGCGCCCGCUGGAUGUCACAGACUCUGCAUGCAACAGUGCUCCUGGAUCUGGUCCCAGCUCUCCAAACAACAGCUCCAAUAACAUCAGCACUGAGAAUGGAAUUACAGGAUCAGUCACGAGUAUUCAGGCGGAGACCAGCCUGGCUCACCGACUGGUGAAUCGUGAAGGCUCUGUAACACAGCUUCCACUCUACACAUCUCCUUCUUUGCCCAACAUCACACUAGGACUGCCUGCCACUGGCCCUUCCAGCGGAGGAUCAGCACAGCAGGAUGCUGAGAGACUUGCUAUCCCAGCCUUGCAGCAGCGCAUCUCUUUAUUUCCUGGCACCCACCUCACUCCCUACUUGAGCACUACAACGUUGGAAAGAGAUGGGGGAACAGCACACAACCCUCUUCUGCAGCACAUGGUCUUACUGGAACAGCCAACUGCACAAACUCCCUUAGUCACAGACUGGUAUCUUUCAGGACUGCCCCUCCACGCACAGUCUCUGGUUGGUGGAGAACGGGUCUCCCCUUCAAUACACAAACUCCGGCAGCAUCGCCCACUGGGGCGCACGCAGUCUGCUCCCCUUCCCCAGAACGCCCAAGCCCUCCAGCAGUUAGUGAUCCAGCAGCAGCACCAGCAGUUCUUGGAGAAACACAAACAGCAAUUCCAGCAACAACAACUGCACAUCAACAAGAUAAUAUCAAAACCCAACGAGCCAGCUCGCCAGCAUGAAAGCCACCCAGAGGAGACAGAAGAAGAGCUUCGAGAACACCAAGCCCUUUUGGAGGAGCCGUACAGUGACAGGGUGUCGAGCCAAAAGGAGGUCCCAGGGCUGGCCAAUAUGGUGCAGGUGAAGCAAGAACCCAUCGAGAGCGAUGAGGAGGAAGCUGAGCCGCAGCAGGAGCUGGAGUCUGGGCAGAGGCAGGCUGAGCAGGAGCUGCUCUUCCGCCAGCAAGCCCUCCUGUUGGAGCAGCAGCGCAUUCACCAGCUGAGAAACUACCAGGCAUCGCUGGAGGCAGCUGGGAUGCCAGUCUCCUUUGGAGGUCAUCGGCCCCUGUCCCGUGCACAGUCCUCACCCGCCUCGGCCACCUUCCCUAUGUCUGUACAGGAGCCACCCACUAAGCCAAGGUUCACUACAGGCCUUGUCUAUGACACCUUGAUGCUGAAACAUCAGUGUACCUGUGGAAACACAAACAGCCACCCGGAGCAUGCGGGGAGGAUCCAGAGCAUCUGGUCCAGGCUGCAGGAGACAGGUCUCCGUGGCAAGUGCGAGUGCAUUCGUGGAAGAAAAGCAACUCUAGAAGAGCUGCAGACAGUUCACUCGGAAGCUCAUACACUGCUGUACGGCACAAACCCUCUGAACAGACAGAAACUGGACAGCAAGAAACUUCUAGGUUCUCUAACGUCGAUGUUUGUCAGGCUUCCUUGUGGUGGUGUCGGGGUCGACAGUGACACGAUCUGGAAUGAAGUUCACUCAUCUGGUGCUGCUCGCCUGGCUGUGGGCUGCGUCAUUGAGCUUGUUUUCAAAGUGGCCACAGGAGAACUGAAGAAUGGAUUUGCCGUUGUUCGACCUCCAGGUCACCAUGCAGAAGAAAGCACACCCAUGGGCUUCUGCUAUUUUAACUCCGUGGCAAUUGCAGCCAAGCUGCUCCAGCAAAGACUGAAUGUUAGCAAAAUCCUCAUAGUGGACUGGGAUGUGCACCAUGGGAACGGUACUCAGCAAGCUUUCUACAAUGAUCCCAAUGUUCUUUAUAUUUCACUACAUCGCUAUGAUGAUGGGAACUUCUUUCCAGGCAGUGGUGCUCCUGAUGAGGUUGGCACAGGAGCAGGAGUUGGGUUCAAUGUUAACAUGGCCUUCACUGGUGGCCUUGAUCCACCGAUGGGAGACACAGAAUACUUAACUGCUUUCAGGACGGUCGUCAUGCCCAUUGCCAAUGAGUUUGCCCCGGAUGUUGUGCUGGUGUCAUCUGGUUUUGACGCGGUGGAAGGCCAUCCUACGCCUCUGGGAGGAUAUAAUCUCUCUGCAAAAUGCUUUGGGUACCUGACGAAGCAGCUGAUGGGCCUGGCCGGAGGCCGCGUCGUCCUGGCCCUCGAAGGAGGCCACGACCUGACUGCCAUUUGCGAUGCCUCAGAAGCAUGUGUUUCUGCUUUGCUGGGAAACGAGCUCGACCCUCUUCCAGAAAAGGUUCUCCAGCAGAGAGCAAAUGCUAAUGCGGUGCAUUCAAUGGAGAAAGUGAUUGAGAUACACAGCAAGUAUUGGCAUUCACUCCAGCGCUAUGCCUCCACAGUGGGCUAUUCCCUGGUUGAGGCACAGAAGUGUGAGAACGAAGAGGCUGAGACAGUGACAGCCAUGGCAUCUCUGUCGGUAGGCGUGAAGCCAGCUGAGAAGCGACCCGAUGAUGAACCCAUGGAAGAGGAACCUCCCCUGUAGCAUUCAUCUUCGAGCUGGAGUUCUCCUGUUUGUUUGUCUUCGUCUUGAAGCUCUGCCAAGAAGCUUUCUCUUGUUACUCCUGCGUCCUGUCAUGGUUUUUUCCAGAAUACAGAAGGACAACCAGGUGUAAAGCAAAGCAACCGAAAAAUCUCUCCAUAUCUAUACGCGUCUACAGUAUAUAUUUGCUGAAAAUGAAAAAUGCUGGUGAAGAGCAGUAAAGGACUGACAACGCUGGGCACUCUUCCUCUGGUCCUCACCGGGAGUGGAAAGGGGAACGACGCCCUUGAAGUCUUUGGCAGAGUUGCCAAAAAGUCAAAGAUUCAACAACACACGUGAAAAUAAAACAGACAGACCUUAACGUGAAACUGGUGCUUACAAUUUGAUUACCCACAAUUCAGCAAUCUCCGCUUGAACCACUUUGACCCAUCUUGUAGUUUCAUUUCUUGGAUUUUUUAAAUGGCUCUUGCCUGCCUGUGAGUCAACGACGCUAUUGUCGAAACCAGAACAAUGUGAGAUGGUGUAUUUUUAAUGGGGAGGGACAGGGAAAGAGGACUAGUCUUACAUCUAAAGGAAAGGGAAAGAGAGGGGGGAAACGCAGAAAAGGAAACGGUAGCCCAGAUGGAGUCGGCUUUAUUGUCUCCAAAGCCAUCUGAAGAUGAGUUUGUGCCUUUUUUUUUUUAAUUGAUGGAUAUGGUGCAGCUGGAUUUUUGAAGUUUGAGGAACAAUGCCUUAAGUAAAAAAAAAAAAAAACACAAAAAAGAACAAAAAACAAAAAAAACACAAAAAAAAAGAAAACGCAGCAGUUCGUGAAUAUUUUUCCUCUGGUUGGAAAGCCAAGAACUGCCAUCAGGAAGGAAGACUUUUUGGCUUGUGCUGGCAUGAUGGUGGGAAGCAGGCAUCAGCUGAACAGAGCGUCUCCAAAAACUGUCUACAAGUUUGGAUUUGUUUUGUUUUCUUUCAUUGCUGUUUCAAAAAAAAAAAAAAAAAAAAAAAAAAAACAAAAAACCUAAAAAAAAAGAAAAAAUUAAGGUAGUUGCCAAGAAAGUGGCAAAUACUGUUGGGUCUUUGAAAUUCAACCAUUUUUAAAAUCAAAUUUUCAAACGUUUUCUCUCUUCUACAUUAUCUAGUAAUUGAACUUAUCAAUUUGGUUGUUGAAGCAUGUAUUAGACACAAAUGCAGGUUUAAGACUGGAAUGCUUUUUAUUAAAAGCAACUAGCAUGAGAUAUUGCUUAAAUUGUUAGGUAUAAAUAUAUAUAUGUGUAUAAUGUAUAUUCCAAAUGUAUUCCAAGCUUAGAAACCGGAUUCCUAUGAAUUAUUGAUAAAAUAUUUAUAAUGCAUUUAUAGAAAAAUAUAUGUAAUAAAUGCAUACUAUAACAGUAGCCAUUGAAAGUUCCCUAGGGACAGAUUUGUGAAUUGGAAUGUCAAGGUGCUUUUGGAAAAGGAUCCAGGUAGAAACUUGAGGACUUUCGGACAACAGGUUGGAAAGUUUUCGGAUUGCCAACACAUUAGCCACUGGGCAACUACCCUAAACAUUUGUAUUUUAAUUUAAGGUUUUUAGUUACGAUCCUUUUCUAAAAAAAAAAAAAAAAAAAAGAAGAAGAAAAAAAAAGAAAAAAGAAUGAGUUUUUUAUAGCAAAGACUAUGAAUUUGCUGUUGAUUUUUAUAUCGAUAUUUCACAAAACCCUACAGAAGCCUUGUUUGUGUGAAUCUGACAUUUGUUUUCUAUUUGGCAGGUUUUGUUUCCGAAUGGCAAUAGUGUCCAAACCUUUCUCCUCCCAUUUUUUUUCUUGCUUGUACAUUAUUUUCUUUCUUUUUCUUUCUUUCCUCCCUUCCCCCCCCCCCCCCCCUUUUCUCCUCCCCCUUUAAGUCUUUUGUACAGUGAGCAGCUUUCUGCAGGCGUAAGGAAUUGUUGCAGAUUGUCAGAGUUUAUUUUUGGAAGGCGUGCGUUUACCGAGGAGGAGGGAAUGCAAUGAGCUCUUUUGUAUAAUACCGCCGACUGUAUAUUUCCUCAGUUCUGUUAUAGUAGCUCUGUAAAGAAAAUAAGGAGUUUUCUUACCUUCAACAUAGUAGUAUUACAAUGGGUGACGUAUUUAUCCUCCAUGUGGAUUGUAGUGAGGAUUCCACGCGGCUUUAGUAGCUAUCAUACGGAAAGCUUGUCAGACACUCGUGGGACAGCUGGCAUCUUCUCUCUCAUGCACACGGACACGCAGACACGCACACACACACACACACCCCACGUGCUCUUCCCCUCUCCCCUUCUUUCUGAAGAAGUUGCAACUCGAGCUGCCUGAAGAACUGUUUCCUGAGCGAUUUCUCCAAGCCGAGCUGGAACGCGGCCCUGGGAGCAGCCCCUCAUCCCUGGCUCAAGGAAGAGGCGAGCAGCUCAGAGGAGACCAGAUUGGCGAGUGUACCUUCUUGCAGCAGCGUAGGAUAGCACAGAUCCCUCGUCUGAACAACCAAGGGUAGAUUUUUCUUUUAUUCUGUUCUUAGGAGAACCAACAGGGUCAUUUCUAGUAACUUCUUUUCCAGUUCUUGAAGGGGCUGUUUUCAUUCCGUUCAAGACUCGCUUGUGGAAGGAAUUUGAAGCAUACCAUACGUGUGAGCAAAUGCAAGAGGCUUUUGUUUUUUGUUUCUCGGUUUAUAAUGCAGUUGAAAAACCAGACACUACUGUAUUUGAGUUUUGCAGACCCAAGUACGUUUUUAAGUCACAAAUAGCUUUGGUCACUAGGACCGUCCUCGGCGCGUUCUGCACGCAGCCUUUCCCGUGCGGACGCACGGCGUGCCCACAGGCGCUGUUUUUUCCAAUGACCACUUUGCUGCUGUGAUCUAAACUCAACCCGGCCGCAGGAUCUGGUGACUGACUUUCCAUUUUCCUUUGGCCGUUUCUGAGCUGUGGGCAGUGACCACGUUUACAUGAGCAUUUCUGUUGUCAGAUCUUCCUGGCGGUUUUGUAUUUCCACUCUCCGUUGGGGCGAAACCUUUUUGCGCUCCUGAGAGCCGGCCGUGCCGGGCUGGUUUCUUACAAAACCGGCCUCCCAUGGCUUUCAGGAUGCCACAUUUGUUUCUUGCCAUCAUUUCUCUGAGCCUGCCCAAGGAGAGAAGGGCUUCCCGAGGCUCCGGAGCUCGUCUCCUCCCCAUCCCAGCCCACGUGGAUCCGCUUCCAAGCUGUGCCCGUGGCCCAGGCCAGCUCUGGGCAGCACUGUGGAGGAGGAGCCCUUGUUUUGAGGCAUUUUUCCCUUUUUGAGCCUACAGCUUCUUCCUUUCGGGUGCCAGUGUCACGGCACGGCCCCGCCGGCAUGGCUGGCAGUACACGAGUAACCAUUUGUUUUUUACUUUCGAUACGGAACAUUCCUUUUUUAUUAGUCUCGGUCAUGUAUUCAUUCCAUUCUUCCUUUUGUAAACUUUUUGGGCCCACGUCUUUUAUGGGCAUUGAUAUAUAUAAAUAUAUAUAUAAAUAUAUAUGAAUAUAUUUUUUUAAGUUUCCUACACUUUGAGGUUGCAUGGUCUGUAAGGUUGGCAUGUCUUUAUAUUGUAUACAGAUUUUGCACGCCAAACUUGGCAGCUUUGAAAACGGAGGAAAAAAAAAAAAAAAAAGAAAAAAAAAAAGAAAAAAAGAAAAAAAAAAAAAAAGCUGCGUUGUUUUUUUGGUUUUGUUUUGUUUUUCCUUCUUUUGUUGUUUUUUUUUUUUUUUUUCCUGUUGUUUUUUUCCUCUCGUGGCAUUUGCGGAGACUGAGGUUGGGACGUUUUUGUCACACGCACGCACCCGCACCCACACACACACACACGCAAAGGAAGGAGAGUGGGAAACGUUUGUCACGUCUCAGUGAACUUAAGAGAUCGUGCUUUUUGUUGUUAAGAAAGAGUUAAAAAGGACUACUUAAACAUUUCUCAUUUUAAGAAGAAGAAAAAGACGUUUAUCUAGCACUUGUGACUUACCAGUAAUAGAGUUUAUUGUAUUUAUGUGGAAACAGUGUUUUUAGGGAAGCUACGCAGAACACACAAAGUUAGCUGCCUGUGUCAUUAUUAUUCUUUUUUUUUAAUUUGGUUGGGUAUUUUAUUUUGAUUUCUUGGCUGGGUGGGGAGGUCGGAUGCAACCCUUUGUCAACACACGCAGUCAUUAAUUCUGAGGUGAUGAAUGACGAGGACUUUAAGGAGUUAACUCUGCAGCACAGCUGUGUUAACUUUUUUACAAUUACUUUUACAUGCUGUCUUGCUAGGUUUCACUUUAAGCAGUCGUGUACUGUGCAACACUGUGGUUUAAAACAAGACUUUACAUCGAAAGGAAAAUCAUGUUUCUUCAUUGUCACGAAGUUGAGCUCGUUCUCAGCUCAUCUUCACUUUGUCUUUGAUAUUGAUGAAAAAGUAUCCUAUUGAAAGAAAAUAAAUUAACACUUUUCUGUGCUCCAUAGUGGAGGCGCUAUUUUCCAAUUUAUGAGGAUGACAAACUUAUAUAUAUAAUAUAUAUAUAAAAGUGGGGGGAGGGGUUGAAACAUUAUUCACCCGAGAGCUUAUUACAGAUAUGUAGUAUCAAAAAGUUGUAACUAUAUUAUAUUCUACUUUAUACCUAUACAUGCUCAGUAUGACGUCACCAUUGGUAGCAGCUACCGGUUUACGCUGUAAUUUAGACACAAUUUCACUCUUAUUGUAUGGACCCUUCUUUGAGUGAUGGUAGCAUUCUUUGUGCUAAAUUUUCUGAUGGUCCUUUGUUUUACUUGAUGGAGUUGGAAUAUUUUUCUCACUCUUGUUUUUGCUUGUUUUUUUUUUUAUUUUUUCUUUUUCCUCUUUUCUCUCUUUUUGGUUUCGUGGGGUUUUUUGUUGUUGUUGUUGUUGGUUUCUUUUUUUUUUGUUUUGUUUUGUUUUUUUUAACUGGCCAAUGGUGUCUUUCUCUGACAGUACCGACUUCAAUUUCAACUUUAUUAGGAGUCCAGUAUUUUGUACCACAUUAUGACAACUUGUUAUUCUUGUGGUGUAAAUAAAAAGAAAAAGUUAAUUAUAGUAA